UUAGCACUAAUGGAUGGAUCAGAAGAGCGUGUCUAGGGUUCUAUCCACUUCGUUUUGCACUUGCCGCCGCCGCCCCCGCUCAAAAACGGAACUUCUCUCUCUAUGCCAGUAAAGCUUAUUCAGUUUCUGCCGACAGGUUCGAUGGCGUUGAUCCCGCCUGAAAUUUGUUAUUUUUAACACUGAAACAACCGCUUAGAGCUUCGUCGAUCCCAGUAUCAUCUCAUUUUCAUCCCGAUGGCUACUGCAAACUCCUUUGAUAUACUCGGAGAUAGCGAAAAUGACGAUCUUUCUCUGCUGAUCGCCGCCCAGCAGAAGAAGCUCACAGCACCUUCUCAGGCGGCGCCUACUCCGGCUGCGGCGAAGCUCCCUUCAAAGCCGGUUCCUCCCGCACAGGCCGUAAGGGAGUCACGGAGUAACGCGGCGCCUAUACGCGAAGGAACUGGUCGAGGUGGGUCUGGGCGUGGUCGGGGUGGAAGAGGAGCUGGGAUUGGUCAAAAUAGGGACUUUGAAAACGGGAAUCAUAGCAGAUAUGGUGGUGGUCGCGGUGGCUUCGCACCUGAAAAUGGUGACGCUGGUAAUCCUUCAGAAAGAGAACGAGAAAGCUCUGGUCAACACCGGGGAUCUUUCCGUGGCGGCCGGCGUGGUGGGUAUGGGAGCGGGACUGGGGAGGGCGGAUUUGAUCCUGAGCGUCCUCAAAGAAGAGUUUAUGAGCGUCGGAGUGGAACUGGGAUUGGGUAUGAGAUGAAAAGAGAGGGUGCCGGGCGUGGUAACUGGGGUACAGUCACUGAUGAAGUUCAUGCACAGGAGACUGAGGAUGGAGUUACUCUUGAUGUAAAGGUUGCUACUCCUGAUAAACAAGUGGAACAAGACGAUGGAAACUUAGCAGAUGCAAGCAAGGAUAAAAAGGAAGAAGCAGCCCGGGAAGCGGAGAAAGAACCAGAAGAUAAUGAGAUGACUCUGGAAGAGUAUGAGAAAGUAAGGGAGGAAAAAAGAAAAGCCUUACUUUCUAUGAAGGUUGAGGAGCGAAAAGUCGAAAUCGACAAGGACUUACAGUCUAUGCAACAACUUACUAUCAAAAAAGGAAACGAUGAUGUUUUUAUCAAACUGAGCUCUGAUAAAGACUCACCUAAACUAAGAGACAAUGCUGAGAAAGAGGAACGGGCCAGAAAGGCUAUGAACAUCAAUGAGUUUUUGAAGCCAGCUGAUGGGGGGAGAUAUUACAGUCCAUCCGGCCGUGGUCGUGGAAGAGGUCGCGGUGAUCGUGAAUCAUUCAGAGGCAGUUACACCGGCGGGGCAUCAAUCUCGCCGGUCAUCCCUUCAAUUGAAGAUCAGGGACAGUUUCCAGCUCUUGGUGCCAAGUAAAUUAACAGAGCAACAAAAAAACUACAUGGUUUGAAUGUUUGUGUUCAACUUUUAUUAACAAAUUCUCUAGUGAUUCAACCUUGUUUGAACUGGAUGGAAAGGAACCGUCUCUUCAAUCAUAGCUCUUUUUAAAUUUUUCUAUUCUGGCAAUCUGUGCACCACCUUAAAGGAAGAGAUUAUUUAAGAUGAACUAAAUGAUCAUGUUGAUGAUUUUCACUUUUGAUAAA